AUGUUAAUCGGGAAAGCUGAUGUUGGUACCUGGAGGCCCCACAGACCAAUAGGGCCCAUAUCUGCCUGCUACAGUAAUCCAGGGCCACAGUAUGCACUUCCUGGACUUACAGGCUUUUCUAAACAUGACCCUACAAAGUACAGAGCACCAAUGUUCAGCUUUGGGGCACAUCUUGACAGCAUAAGGUAUGAGAAGUCCCCUGGACCAAUCUACUUCAUCCCCUCCAACAUCACCAGAAUGGGCCAACACAACAGUCCUUCAUUUUCACUCAAAAGCCGCCUGAAGGAUCCAGCACUGUUCCAGACCCCUGGACCAGGCACAUAUUCUCCAGAGCAUGCAGAUAAGUCUCUCUUCCUCUCUACUCCUGCUUUUUCUAUAUCUGGGAGGAUACAAGAAAUCAGCAAUAUCCAAACACCAGGUCCAGCCUCCUACAUUCUGCCCCCACUGCUGAGGCACAACACUGUAGCUACAACCUUCUCAAAAGGUGGCCGCAGCAAGAUUGGCAGCAUCUAUGAGGACCUAAACGAUAAUCCUGGCCCUGCUGCUUACACAGUUAUGAACCCUUAUAUUUACAGGACAAAACCUCCACAGUUUAGCAUGACAGGCCGCAACUUCCCACCUGGUGAUACCACAAAGAAACCAGGACCUGGUGCGCACAAUCUACAGCAGGUGACCAUCACAAGAGCAAAAGCUCCAAGUUUCUCCUUUGGAAUUCGUCAUUCGGAAUACAUCGCACCCCUUAUUGUAUAA